AUGGAGGGAGGUGACAUGGACAGAGAAGUACGGAACAGAGAAACUCUGAGGAAGAAUCUGGUCUCUUAUAAUCCCACCUAUGAGUCACUGUCAAAGGUGAAGAUUCUCCUGGUGGGUCCAGUUGGUGCUGGGAAAUCCAGCUUUAUCAACUCCAUAAUAUCUGUGAUGUACAGGCAUGUCACCCAAAUGCCUAUCAUUGGCUGUCACCCAGAUGGCUUCACCAAGAAGCUGAGGUGCUAUGAUAUCCGGGCAGAGAAAGGUGGCCAGCCCACAGCCCUGACCCUGUGUGAUGCCAUGGGGUUUGGGGAUAGCGAAGAGACUGGCCUGACCCUCCACGACACCUUGGCAGUUAUCAAAGGCCAUGUACCCGAGGGACACAAGUUUGAUCGUGAAGCUCCCAUCAAUCACAACACAGCAGGCUACCACCUAUCACCAGCACUGAAAGACAAAAUACACUGUGCCGUGUUUGUUCUGGAUGCAUGCAAAGUGUUGUCCUACAGUGGAAGUCUGGAAGAGAUGCUGAAGAGGGUUAACAGUGAGCUCUCAGACCUGGAAAUCCCCCACAUGGUCCUGCUGACCCACGUGGACCAGGUGUGCCAUGCAGUCCAGGAGGAUGUGCAGUAUGUCUACACCAGCCGCAUUGUGCAGGAGAGGGUGGAGAAGGCAGCAAAGCUGGUGGGCUUGCCAGUGUCCUCUGUGUUCCCAGUAAGGAACUAUGCCAGGGAGAAUGUGGUGAACUGCAAUGUGGACAUACUCAUGCUUAGUGCAAUCAGUGAAAUGCUUCAAGCCAUUGAUGAUGUAUUUGAUUUUUACACACCCUCUACACAAUAAGUGAAACACUAAUUUACCCUAAAAAUUUUGACACUGACUUAACACACAUUGCUCUGCUUUCUCAUGUAGUCAGGGCAGUGCAUAUUAUUUCAUAGAAACACAGUAAAAUGCUGAUGCGAAUCGCAGUGCUUGCUAGUAUUGUAUGCCACUAUCACUGAAGGAUUCUUCUUCUGGCUCUACCACUAUAGCACCUGUGGUAAUAUAUCAGUUUGCUCUUAAAAACUGGCCAACAUCUGUGCAUAGAUGUCUGUAAGCAGGUAAAGGACCAAUGACUCCAUACAAGUUAAAACAGUGUGAAAAAUCUGUUGGAAAA